AUGGCCACCGAAAAGAUUACUUUCUGCUUAAACUGGCAAGCUGCUCCUUACCAUAUUCCCAUUUAUUUGGCCCUCACAAAGGGUUAUUUCAAGGAACAAGGUCUUGAUAUUGCAGUUUUGGAGCCAUCCAACCCAUCUGAUGUUACUGAAUUGAUUGGAUCAGGUAAAGUGGACAUGGGAUUAAAGGCCAUGAUUCACACCUUGGCAGCCAAGGCUCGUGGUUUCCCAGUUACUUCUGUGGCAUCAUUGUUAGAUGAACCUUUCACUGGUUUAUUGUACUUGCCAGACAGCGGUAUUACUGAAGAUUUCCAAUCAUUGAGAGGUAAGAAAAUUGGAUACGUUGGUGAAUUUGGUAAGAUCCAAUUGGACGAACUGACCAAGCACUACGGUAUGACCCCUAAUGAUUACACUGCUGUCAGAUGCGGUAUGAAUGUUGCUAAAUACAUCAUUGAAGGUAAGAUCCAUGCAGGUAUUGGUAUUGAAUGUAUGCAACAAGUGCAAUUGGAAGAAUUUUUGAAGGAGCAAGGUAGAUCUGCAUCUGAAGCCAAGAUGUUGAGAAUUGAUAAAUUGGCUUGCUUGGGUUGUUGCUGCUUCUGUACUGUUUUGUACAUCUGCAACGACGAAUUCUUGAAGAAAAACCCUGAAAAGGUCAAGAAAUUCUUGAAGGCCAUCAAAAAAUCUACUGAUUACGUUUUGCAAAAUCCUGAAGCGGCCUGGAAUGAAUACAUCGAUUUCAAACCAGCCUUGAACAAUUCUUUGAAUUUCAAGCAAUUUCAAAGAUGUUACGCCUACUUCUCUGAAUCUCUUUACAACGUCCACAGAGACUGGAGAAAGGUUACUGGUUACGGUAAAAGAUUGGAGAUUCUACCACCAGACUACGUUUCCAAUUACUCUAACGAAUACUUGACCUGGCCGGAACCAGAAGAAGUUUCUGACCCAUUGGAAGCUCAGAGAUUGAUGGGUAUUCACCAAACCGCUUGCAGAGAGGAACCAAGCUUCAAGAGACUUGCUUUACCAGCUUGA